GUAGGGACUGCUCGGAUUGGCGAAGUUGAUUUGCGGCUCGACCUUUCUCAGAUAAUCCUAGAAACAAUUGGCCAAUGGAUACAUAGCGGCAUAUCCGUGCUGGGACCGAAAUCCCGCAAUUGUGGAUGUACCCUGCGUGGUGAAGGUGGAUGUGAAAGAGAUACGCGUUGAUGAACAAGUGUUAGUCUCUCUUUUCGCCUUCAGUACACGCAGGUCGUUGAAUCAUCGGCAAUCUUCGCUACCUUGCGUUUCCUUUUCAAGUCGUUGGGUCACUGUCUGCUCAGGAGGAUAUUCCUAAGCCGAUUGUGCCGUUCGCCAUGGCAAAUUUACAUGAGAAGAGUGCGGAGUUCGGUGUGGAUGUUGACGAUUCGGUCUCUUCAACGGAAGCUCAAUCGGAGCUGUCCCCAAAGCAGCAGAGACGUGUUAUUCGAAAGAUUGAUGUCCGUCUGGUCAUUAUGCUGGGUGCCAUGUACAUGAUCUCGUUGCUCGACCGAACGAAUAUGGGACAAGCGAACGUUAGUGGCAUGAAUAAAGAGCUAAAUUUGACCGGCUACCGUUACAACAUCAUUUCAUUAACCUUGUUCUUCCCUUACAUCGCAUUCCAACCCCUAGCGGCGUUCUUGAUCCGCAAGAUUGGCCCUCGUGUUUUCCUCUCCACAAGCACUCUCCUCUGGGGGUCAGUGGUGAUCGGCAUGGGGUUUGUAACGACGUGGAACACCAUGGCGGGUAUUCGCGCUAUCCUGGGUGCCUUGGAGGCUGGGUCCUUCUCGGGAUAUGUCUAUCUACUUUCUACAUGGUACGAACGUUACGAGGUGGGCAAGCGGUAUGCGCUCUUCUUUAUCUUGGGAUCCGUAGCACAGGGCCUGUCUGGCAUUCUUUCCUAUGGCCUGAUACAGAUGGACGGUCUUGGAGGCGUAAGUGGCUGGCGUUGGAUCCUGAUCAUGGAAGGAAUAAUUACUUGCGUCAUUGCCUUCCUCGGAUUUAUCUUUCUGAUCUCCUUCCCGGAUGAGGUGCCAGACAAUUCCAAAUUCCUGACCCCGACUGAGCGCGAUUGGCUCAUCAAAAAAGUCAAAGACGACCGAGGAGACGUGCACAUCGAGCCGUUCUCCCUCAAGAAAUUCUUCGCGGCAGGCCUGGACAUUAAGAUCUGGUGCUACGGUUUGAUUUAUUUCGGCACGACGACGAUCCUGUAUUCGAUCGCGCUCUUCGGUCCACUCAUCCUUCGCAACACCCUGAAUUUCUCCGUUGCUGCCUCGAACUUACUGAUUGCUCCGCCUUUUGCAUUCGGCGCCAUCAUCAAUUACGUCAAUGGAUGGUACGGCGACAAGUACAAGCAACGGGCUGGACCUAUUAUCUUCAAUAUGGUUCUUUGUAUCAUUGGCCUGUCCAUGUUGGGGUGGACGAAGAAUCCUUGGGUCCGGUACGCUGGCAUGUUUCCCCUUACCGCUGGAGCCACCUCGAACGGAAGUGCGUCGAUUACAUAUCAAGCGAACAACAUCCGGGGUCAAUGGAAACGAUCGUUCUGCUCUGCCACGAUCAUUGGAAUGGGCGGGAUUGGAGGAAUCGCUGGCGCGGUUGUUUUCAGAUCCCAGGACGUCCCUCAUUAUCACCCGGGGCUGUGGGCGUGCAUGGCUUGUGCACUCAUGAACAUUGUAAUUGUCUGCGGGUUGACCAUCCGCCUACGUUUUGAGAACCGACGGGCGGAUCGUGAAGGAACCGCUAUUGAGGGCGAGAAUGAUGGAUUCCGUUACACAAUCUAAAAGAUUGCUUCUCUGGCGUACCUUCCUGGUGGGGAGAUCCGUUGCUUGUCUAGAUCAAAGUGUUCUGAAAGCACCAGCGAGGAAUGAUUGGAGAAACACUCCCUUCGGGCAUUUCCCGAUACACCGGGAGAAUCACUUAGAGGAUCCCAUAGAACCACAUUUUAGAAAUCGGAGCGCCCAAAAUCCUAUUGCAAUUUGUCCGCACGGGAUUGAGA